CAUAAAUGUUGGAAUGUUGGAAAGCGUGGUCAAGCGUACAAAUAUUGGUAUCUGUGAGAUUUUCCAUUGGUACGAAGUGUUCAUCGCGUAUGUAACGAAGUUACAACAGUAGAUAUUUUACUGUGCCUAUAAACAGCAUACAUCAACAAAGAAUUCCUCAAGUUAUUAUACAAAGCCAGGACAGUCAUUCAAACUUUUGAACGAUGCUACAGAUAAUGAGAAAUAAGCAGCAUAUUUUUACAACACGAUAACCAGUUUUAUGAGGACCUGGGCAUGUACUCCUAGGUAGAUCAGUUGUCAGAACUUUGAAGUUGUACCUCUAUGAUUCUUGUGAGACACGUUGAUGCAUAACCCCCAAACCAUCAUGUGUGAUGAACAGUUUUUAAACCCACAUAAGUUUCCACAUUCUGCUACAAGAGUGCCAAAAAUGAUAGUGCAAAGAGUUGAAGAAAUAUUUCCUGCACUGAAGGAAAGCUUGGAGAAGACAACAGUCAAAGUAGAGGAUGACGUUGAUGUUCAGAGUGAAGAAGAUUCCAUUGACAUGAAAAGUCACAAAGAUUAUGUUCCAGCAGUAUUAUCCGAAGAAAAGACCGAUCCAGAGAACUGCAGGGAUCUAGUGGAAGUGGUACCUGGUUCAUGUAGUGAGAUAUGUGUAAUGACUCAGGAUAUAAAAGUUGAGGAACUCUCAGAUAUACAAGAGGAGGAGGACCCUUUGCUGCUACCAGUGCCCAUAAUAAAGGCUGAACAUGAGAGUACUCUGAAUGAACAUCAGUCUGCAAGUGGUGAACAGCGUCCGUAUUCCUGUGAUGUGUGUUAUAAAUCGUUCAUUAAUCUCAGUAAACUGACCAGGCACCAACGCAUACAUAGUGGGGAGCGGCCAUUUUCCUGUGAUGAAUGUAAUAAAUCGUUUGGUGAACAGGGCACUCUGAAAGUUCAUCAGCGAAUACACAGAGGAGAGCGUCCAUACUGUUGUAGUGUGUGUAAUAAGUCAUUCAGGCAGCGGAGCCAUUUGAAGGAACAUCAACGCGUACAUAGUGAGCAGGGUAGUCUGAAGAUUUGUCAAGGUGCACAUAGUGGGGAAAGUGUUUAUUAUUGUGGCGAAUGUAGUAAGUCAUUUUGUGAACAUAGUAAACUGAAGAAACAUCAACGUAUACAUAGUGAGAAGCGGCCAUAUUUCUGUGAUGAAUGUAAUAAAUCCUUCAGUAGACAUAGUAAAUUGAAAAUUCAUGAACGUACACACACUGGGGAGCGUCCAUAUUCCUGUGACCUGUGUAAUAAAUCGUUCAGUGAACGUGGUACCCUGAAGAUACAUCAACGCAUUCAUAGUGGAGAGCGCCCAUUUCCUUGUGACUUAUGUAAUAAAUCAUUCAGGCAAUGGAGCCACGUUAAGCAGCAUUACCGCACGCACAGUGGGGAGUGUCCUUAUUCCUAAGAUCUUUGUAAUAAAUCAUUCAGUAAGCAGAGAUACUCAUAUUUGAAUUGUUGCCCUGUGCAUUUGAUUUCUGAGGACGGUGAACGAAGAAUACCAUUGACUUGAAUGUUAUCUUUACCAGAUUGCAUGAGGUCUUAUGUGAGAAUAUGGGAUUCUUCUGAGUUCUUAUGUUAUAGCAGUUGGAAUUUAUUGUGGAACUUCAGCCUUGGGCGGUGUUGUCUGUAAAAUGUUGAAAGUUAUGCAUUUGACAUAUUAGUUUUCAUCUUUAGACUUAAUAUCUUGUAUGGGUUUCAAGGCCUUAUGUAGAUCAGGCAGUGGGUGGUGAGUGGUAGAUGAAUGCAUAAUUUGAUGAAACUGGACCAUGGUGCUGCCUCGUGGGUAGCAACCAUACAUUUGAGGAAAAGAGGUGAUACAGUUUUCUCUUUAGAGACCAGGUGCUUGGGAAAAUAUGUGAUGAAAAGUGUUCUCUUAGCCCCAUGUGUAGGAUAAGAGGCACUGAGAUGCAUUUUUAGUGGCCAUGUGGUUAACCCUUUCCAGUCGUAUGUCGAUAUAUAAUCGACAUUGAGCAUGUGCUUCCAUGGACAAAUGUCGAUAUAUGAUCACAAACUUUCUUUCUCGUUUCUCUGAUGAUAAGUCAGUCAUACUUCACUACUUGCCACUGUAUACUAUACUGCUGCAAUCUUGAAUGUUUAGGCUGCAUUCUCCCUCCAUCUGAAAGUCAUAAUUUGAACGAAUGCCAUUCAUACCCUAUCGUGCCCUAUGCAUAUCAGUGUUAGCAACAUGGCUUCUCGUUCAGGUACAUAUGUACCUUCUGGCAUGAAAAAACGGAAAUAUAAAGUUUUGCAAUUUUGAUGGAAGAUAAACAAUGGACGCUAAUUGGAAAUAUAAUCCCAUAUGUGUUGAGGAUGAAGAAUCGAUUAGUGAUAUGUUAAAUGAAGAACCCGUUAUAGACGCUGAUGAUCAGAUGGAUUUGGAAAAUGUACAAGAAACUGCGAGUGAAGAAUCCAGCGAUGAAAUGUCGGAAAGUGAGAGUGAGAAUGAAAGAAGUGUUGUCGCGUGUUGAUUGGUGGGAAGACGUGAUGGGAAAGAAGAAACCCAAGGCAUACAUAUUUACUAAAACUGCAGGGGCACAAUUUAACCUUCUGCCAGAUGCAGAACCCAUGAAUUAUUUUAGUUUAUUUUUCAAUUAUGAGCUUUUGAAUAACAUUGUUAUAGAGACAAACAGCUAUGCGAGACACAAAAUUUUGGGACUUCAUUUUAGCCCAAGGUCCAUUUUGAGCAGCUGGUCUGGUGUGUCAUUUCCUGUCAUUUCCCUUGACAACCCGGCUGCAUAAAUCUUUCCAAAUGUGACAACUGGAAAGGGUUAAGAAAGGCGGUGAAAGAAAAAUUUUACUUUCCACAAGGUUAGGCAAGGAGGUGAAAGGCUUUCUAUGAGUAUGAGGAUGGGGAAGUAGGUGAUGUAAAAGAAAUUUUGCAUGUGUGUCUGUGUGCACGAGUGAGAUGGAAAAUUGAUUGAGAAAGAAGCUGCUGGGAUGUGUUAGUGACAGAAAGGUUAGGAAAGUAGGUGAUGAAGUUCUAAUGUCUGCAUGAACACCUACCAUGCUUAUGUCGGGGGAGCUACUGAAGUAACAGACCGUACCCUCAUAAGUUCACCUCAUUCCCUACGUAUCUACCACUCAACCACUUCACCUGUGUAGACCAGUGUUUGAGGGGAAGGGGUUUCUAAAACCUCAUCACCUCCAUUUCAAAUCUCUUUGUCAUUAACACAUCCAAUCACCCACCUCAUUUCCUAAUUGGUGGCUGUUAAACAUCAUUUCAUCACCUCUUCCAGUCCACAUAUUUGCUAAAAAUUUUUAUCACUUCAUUUCCUUAAUCACAUGGCCACUUCCUAUUGCAUAGAAUUCCACUCUUGUGUUUCAUCAGGUUGUGGCUUCUUCUCUGUCUCUGUCUCAUCACCUAUUACCAGUUGUGCACAAGCCCCCCCCCCCAAGACAUUAACCCUGAAGUUGACAGUUGCAGUGUUUACUGAAAGAGAUAAUCGUAAACAUUCCAUGCAGCUAAUUCCAAAAACCAGAUGUAUAUCGGAAUGUUUGAAGAUCCAUCGGUGCACAAAAUGAGAUAUGUGCACACUUUCGUUACGCUGUACUAACACUUCCACUGCCAGAUUUAAAAUUCGGGACUUAUUUCAAAUUAAGAUGGAUAGGUCAUAUAGCGUUCAUGGAGGAGGUAAAUGCAUUUAAAUUUUAUUUGGGAGAUCUCAAAAGAAGAAACAACUUGUCAGACCAAGAUGUAAAUGGGAAGUUAUUUUGUGCAAUAAUUCACAGAAUGGAAAGUUAGCCAUGUGAAGGUAAUAACAAGAGAAUGGUGGAACUGGAAUAUCUAGUCAAAACUGCGGUUACAGAGUUUGCACUUCAUAGCAUGUUCAGUCAGAUCACAUAAUGGGGAAUGUUACGCACUAAACCCUCGCUAAUCUGGUUACAGUUAAUCCAGGGUUUGGAAAAUCCGAUUCAAAAUAAUGAAAUGGAAUAUUCUGUUCACAAUUAAGUUUUUAGACACAUGGCAUUUAGGAAGGCAGAUGAGUCACUUGUCUGUUCAGACAAACUUGACAGUGUCUUCAAACUUGCAUUAUUACAUUCAAAAACAAGUAAAAUUUCUGAGUCUUCUAUCGAUGAAUAAAUGUAUUGCCUUUUUAUAGCUUUAAAUAAAGACUACAGUGAUAUUUUUUUUAU